CCGGGGCCGCGCUGCGCGGGCUGCCUGGUGGGGCCGGCAGAGCCGCCGCGCCAUGGGCAGAGCCAUGGGGCUGGUGGGGCUGCUGCUGGGGCUGUUCCUGGUGCCCGCCGUGCUGGUGAGCACCGGCCUCCGCCACGGCGCCCCGGGGAGCGAGCCCGAGCCGGACGAGUGGGGGGCGGCCUCGGAGCCCGACCCCGAGGACUCGCUGUGGCCCCUGCCGCAGCGGCUCCGCACGUCCCGCCGCCAGCUGCAGCUGCUCCCCGGCCGCUUCCAGCUGGUGCACGGCGCCGGCUCCUCGGCGGGGCCGGGCUGCGGGCUGCUGGAGGACGCGUUCCGCAGGUACUACGAGUACGUGUUCGGGGGGUCCCUCUGGCGGGAGCGGGGCUACAGGCCGCUGGGCGCCCGAGCGGAGCCCGAGCUCCGGCAGCUGCAGGUGGUGAUCGAGUCCGGGGAGCCGGGCUGCCGCAGCUACCCGCACCUCGGCUCCAGCGAGGCCUAUCGCUUAACUGUAACUGAGCCUGUUGCUAUACUGAAAGCAGCUGAGGUAUGGGGUGCUUUAAGAGGUUUGGAAACCUUCAGCCAGUUGGUUCAUGAAGAUGACUAUGGAAGUUUCCUUAUCAACGAAUCUGAAAUUGAUGACUUCCCAAGAUUUGCUCACAGAGGAAUCUUGCUAGACACUUCAAGGCAUUAUUUGCCAUUGAAAUCUAUUCUUACAAACCUGGAUGCCAUGGCUUUUAACAAGUUCAAUGUUCUCCACUGGCAUAUAGUAGAUGAUCAGUCAUUCCCUUACCAGAGUAUUUCUUUCCCUGAGUUAAGUGACAAGGGAGCAUACACGUAUAACCACGUCUAUACUCCUGCUGAUGUCCGUCUGGUGAUUGAGUAUGCCCGGCUCAGAGGCAUCAGGGUUAUACCAGAGUUUGAUACCCCAGGACACACGCAGUCUUGGGGAAAAGGUCAAAAAGAUCUUCUCACCCCCUGUUACAGUGGACAACAGCCAACUGGGUCCUUUGGACCUGUAAAUCCCAUUUUGAAUACAACUUAUGACUUCAUGACUAAAUUCUUCAAAGAGAUCAGCAGUGUAUUUCCAGAUGCAUACAUUCAUUUGGGAGGAGAUGAAGUGGACUUUGAUUGUUGGAAAUCCAACCCUGAAGUGAAGCAGUUUAUGAAGAAGCAAGGAUUUGGCUUUGACUAUGCUAAGCUGGAAUCUUACUAUAUUCAGAGGAUUUUGGACAUUGUUUCUUCCUAUAACAAAGGAUACAUGGUCUGGCAAGAAGUGUUUGAUAACAGAGCGCAGCUCAAAUCAGACACUGUAGUUGAAGUAUGGAUGGAAAACAACUAUGUUGAUGAACUGAGCAGCGUCACUAAAGCUGGGCACGCAGCUAUCCUGGCAGCUCCCUGGUACUUAGACUACAUUAGUUAUGGACAAGACUGGAAGAAAUACUACAGAGUUGAACCACUUAGAUUCCACGGAUCUGAAGAACAGAAAAAGCUUUUAAUAGGUGGAGAAGCCUGCCUGUGGGGGGAAUUUGUGGAUGCAACUAACAUCACACCAAGAUUAUGGCCUCGAGCAAGUGCUGUAGGGGAAAGACUCUGGAGCAGUAGGAAUGUGACCAACUUGCAGGAUGCCUAUAGAAGACUAAGUGAUCAUCGAUGCCGCAUGCUCCGCCGUGGCAUAGCAGCAGAGCCUGUGUUUGUUGGAUACUGUGCCCAUGAAGCAAGAGGGGAGUAGCAGCUGCAAGGACCUCCUGGUCAACAACCUGAAGUGCCUCUGACAUAUGAACACAUGUGCAUGCAGUUGGAUAUCUGAACCAAUACUUGAAAUUUUCACAUUUAAAAUAAAGUUAUUUGGCAUUUGUGUUGGGAGUAAAAACUAGGUGGUUUAGCUUUUCUUAAAAAUGGGGAUUCUUCUCUGUGAAAUCUAGAAACCUGGUAUCAUAGAGUUACCAAUUCAAGUUUCCUUACAUUCUAAAGUUGAGGGAAAAUAAAUGUUAGACAUUCUUUAAAUAAAGAACAAAAUACCUUUUUAUUUCAAAGUA